AUACCCAAGCACCAUUUGGUGCUGAGGGCGGAAGUGAUAUUGAGGAGUUAGGCUUUGUUUCCGGCAACAGGGAGGAGGCGGAGAUUGCGGUUCGUUCUGUGUGUUGGUCUGUUCCUGCAUCCUGGUAUCUCGGAACCUCCAUCCUGGUCUCCAAGUGCCCGGACUGAAAACAGGAACUUUUUUUUUGUACAGAUUGAGUAUGAGCACAGGUGAAGAGGUGUCUGGCACAGUGAAAAUACAAACCAGAAACUCUUUGACACUCACACAGGACCUUGACGGAAAUAUCAUCCUCCAUUGUCCCCAAAAUGACUCAGGACUAGAUUCUGAAAAUAUUGUGGGAACUCCUACAAAGAGGCUCUGUUUGUCAUCUGAGCAUGAACACAGUGUUUCUGAAACUACACCCUGCAUAUCUGUUGUUGCACUACCAUUGUCAGAGAAUGAUCAAAGUUUUGAGGUGACCAUGACUGCUACCACUGAGGUGGUUGGGGAUGACAUCAGUGAAGACUCCAUUACUCAGAUACAGAUUCUCCAGAAUGAACAACUUGAUGACAUUUCACCCACAGACAAUGAAGAGGCUUCAGCAGUAAGCCGAGCCUGGUUUACAAGCAAAGAAGACAAAAAUUCUCUUACUAACAAAGGACAUAAAUGGAAGCAGGGGAUGUGGUCUAAGGAAGAAAUUGCAAUCCUGAUGAGCAACAUUGAUAGAUACUUAAAGACUCAUGGAAUUAAAGAUGCAGCUGAAAUUAUUUUUGAAAUGUCAAAAGAUGAGAGAAAGGACUUCUACAGAACAAUAGCAUGGGGUCUGAAUAGGCCACUCUUUGCUGUGUACAGAAGAGUUCUGCGCAUGUAUGAUGAUCGCAAUCAUGUAGGAAAGUACACACAUGCAGAGAUUGAGAGACUUCGAGACCUGCGAGUGAAGCAUGGGAAUGAUUGGGCUACUAUAGGGGCUGCUUUGGGCAGGAGUGCCUCUUCUGUUAAAGAUCGUUGCCGACUUAUGAAAGAGACCUGCAAGACAGGAAAAUGGACAGAUGAAGAAGAGAGAAGACUAACAGAGGUUGUCCAUGAACUUACUGGAACUGAAGCAGGAGAUAUUGUAACUCAAGGUGUGUCUUGGGCUUCAGUGGCUGAAAGAGUUGGAACCCGUUCUGAAAAGCAGUGUCGCUCUAAAUGGUUAAAUUAUUUAAACUGGAAGCAGAGCGGUGGCACACAGUGGACCAAAGAAGAUGAGAUCAAUCUCAUUCUGAGAAUAUCAGAACUUGGUGUUUUAGAUGAAAAUGACAUAAACUGGGAUAUUCUGGCAGAAGGAUGGAGCAGUGUGCGGUCACCUCAGUGGCUGAGAAGUAAAUGGUGGACUGUCAAGAGACAAAUUGCAAAUCACAAGGACGUGUCAUUUCCUGUGUUAAUUAAAGGGCUGAGGCAGCUGCACGAAAACCAAGCAACUCUUUUGGGGGCUCAAGAGCUGGAAAACAAAUCAGAUGUCCAAUCACAAAGCAGUAACUCCAGUGUACAGCACGUCCAGAUCAGAGUAGCUCACCUGGAGGAGAGUGCAGGCCUUUCACAGACUUCCAUGGCAGCCUUACAGAUUCCUGUACAGAUUACACAUCUUUCCUCUUCUGCUCCAGCCUCUCCCUUGGCUGACACAGAAACCAUAGCACUAAACAGUGGCACACUACAGACGUUUGAAAUCCUUCCGUCAUUCUACUUACAACCAAGUGGGACCACGGGAACCUUCAUCCUUCAGACAGGUUCCAGCCAAAGUCUUCCAUUAACACUAGCUUCUAACCAAGCAGUGACACUCACAUCCAAUUCAUCUCCAGCAUCACCGGAACAGAUCAUUGUGCACACGUUAUCUCCAGAACAUCUCCUAAACAGUGGUGAUAAUGUCACAGUUCACUGCCAUACCCCUGAGAUUAUAAUUCGCACUGUGGCUUCUGAAGAUAUGACUUCACCUCUUGUUCAGAGAGAGCUUACUGUUGAUUCAGACUUACAGCAAGAUAACAUGAGCAAUCAUCGGGGUGCUUUGCAAGUGAACUCUUUUUCUGGGCAGAUCCAGCCUGUUGAUAUUGAGCACGAAUCUGGGUAUUGUAGAGAGCAGUCUCUAAAGAUAAAAUUCACAAGUUCCAUGGAUCUAAUGCAUCAAGUUCGGGAUCAUGAAGAAAUGACCAUGAAGCAAGACAGUGACAGUCAUAUAGGCCUAGCUAGCUCCUGUGUGAAAAAGGUCCUACAUUCUUCUGCCAUUGUGGAACAGGUUCGUCAGUCUUCCACUGUUAAUGAAGGAGUACUUAUUGUGUCAUCACCACCUGGCUACAUCCAGACAGAAGAUGAUAUUGAUGGAGAGUCUGUACUUCCUCUUACAACACUUGCAGAUCCUAUUCUGCAGCACCACAGGGACAGAUCACACCUUAAUGACUCUUCACUAGAUGGUCCUUACUCAGAUGACUCAAAAGAUGUUGAAGAUCUAUAAAAGUGACACUACAAUACAUUCCCAUCCAGCACAAAUCUAUGACCCCCACUUAACAUUUCUAAUCACUGCAUUGUGUUUGUCUGGAGAUCCCAGCUUGUAUUAACUGCACCACUUGCACUGUGUUCUCCAACAUGACUGUUACAGAGGAAUUGUAAGCAAUUAGACUUCUGCAUUUCCUCCUAAACUUUUUUUCCAGAUACAAUAAUGAAAAUGGGUUCUUUUCUGCACAUUGGGAAGCUUAGACCUUCUCUGUAACAUUUGCUUCAUAAAAACAUAAACUUGCAAUUAGACAUAUAUACAUCUUGAAUUCCUAGCAAGGUCCGACUAUAUGUGUGUAUUCCCAAUCUCUGAUUCACCUAAUAAGGAUCAUUGUAUAUGUUCUGAUUUGGAGCCCUGCCAUUGGGGUGGGGAAAAAUUGUUUUAAUUUAUAAAUAAUUUAUUCUUUUUUUUUCUUUUUUUUUUUUUUAUCAAUUAAAUGAUGUUAAGGGGAAAUUUAAGCCAAAGCUGUUAUGCUUAAUAUUCUAGAAGCAUACUAAAAACAAAAAAAAAAAAAUAUGGUGGCAUGGAGAGAAAAUACAAGAGGCCACUGACCGUUUUAUACAUCAGACUGCUGGGGCUAAAAGUUACUGUGGUUAUAAUGCCAUACUCCUGUACAGCAGGUGACAAACUAUCAGUGGCUAGAAGUUGCAACUCUCGUGCAAUGUAAAUAAGCUAUUGAGGAGCAGAAUUACAAUCAGCCCACGACUAAAGUAUAAUGAAGAAAGGACUGUAACAGAUUUAUUAAACUGGUAGGAAAACAAUGAUGAUUUCUAUAGUCGAAAAGAAGUUCUUUAUCUUUCCAAUAGUGAGAUUUCAUCAGGUCUGAGCUGGCAAAGUAAAUUCAGUUACAUUUUAGUCACAAUUUUUUAUCAACAUGGAGGAGUAAAGGGGGAACUCUCAAAUUCCAAGUCCUGUUAGAAUUAGGGAUGCACCGAAUCCAUUUUAAGGGUUAAACGUCACCACGCGCAAAGUGUAUUGUGAAUAAUUUUACAAUUCUGUGUUUGUGGCAACAUUAACCCUUCCAAAUCCUAAUUUGCAUAUGCUAAUUGGGAUUCAAUUCGGCCGAAUACCAAACCGAAUCCUGAAUUUGGUGCACCCUAGUUAUAAUAAAGGAUUUUUUAUGAAGCUGAAGUUAAAUAUAGAAAGGUGGAAUAUUUUGCUUCGGCAGCUCUACUUAGCUGGCUGGAAACAGACACAUGCUGCAGCAGAGGUCUAUCACAGGUGACUGAAACACUCCAGUGGACAUUAGCCAAAAGUGGUUGUAAAGUCAGUCACUCGGAUUCCUUAGUGCACAAGUCUUUAGGCUAAUGCCACACAGGGCUGAUUCUCAGCCUGAGCAGAUUUUGGCCCUGAAAAACACAAGUAUGCAUUUUUGCCGAAGUCCCUCAAUUCACUUGGGCUGAUGCAAUGGCUCCAGGUGCAGGCACAGGGAAAGCCAGUAGGGGCUGAUUCUAAACCUACAAUUAUCCGCAGGAAUUUUUUGGAUGGCAGGAAAGCAGUGUGCAGGGUUGUUUAUGACCAAAGUUAGUCUUAGUGAGAAGCAAAUACCCAAAACAACCCUGCACACUGCUAUCCAGAGCAGCGCUGAUGGUUUUGAAGCUCUGCAGCCAGUUGCAAUCUAAAGAUUUAUGCAGCACCAACAUGAUAUAUAAUAAUGCAAAGGAACUAAAAAUAGCUUCUGACCUAUUAAUUAUGCUGUGUAAAAUCAUUUGUCCUUGAAAAAUGGUAUAAGUGAGUGUUAAAAAUAAUGCAUGCUUUUAUAAAUGUACCAUUUUUUUUUUUUUUUUUUUUUAACAAUGCUUGAUUGGCAUAUUUAACAUCAGUUUUAUGGUGUAACCUAUUCAAGUUAAUUAAAUCAGGCAGUAAAAAAAAAAUUGCAUAAUAAAAAAAAAAAAGUGAUGGAUAAUUGCAAUUUUUUUUUCCUACACAACAUUUACCUAUUUAUGCCAGAAUUUGAUUUGUACUGGAGUCUAGAAACAGAACACCCACACAUGUGUAUAGACUGACUGCCUGCUGAAGUUUUGAUUUCAAAGUGAAGUUAGGAGUAUGGUACACAGUGGAAUUCUGGGCAUUUUGUCUCCUAAGCAAUUAAAACCUCUGCCCACAGGCAGCGCUUGGAAUGGUUCUCUACUAAUUAUUUAUACUAAAUGCUUUAUAAACAUGGAAACUUACACAAAGAAACUUGCUUUU